CGCUCACUCUCACUCCUGGUAUAUCUCUGCACUUCCCUCUUCUCCAGCUCCUACGGUUUCUAUCCAAUACCCACGGAAAUGUGUAAAGCACACGGGUAAUCGCUGCAACAUGUAGGCUAAAACAUCCCAUUCUCUCAUUGGAUAUUUUGAGCAUGGACAUGAGAUUGAGCAAGGGCAGGCCAAAAUCCCCAGAAUUGCCUUUUUAUUUUAUCAAGCUUGGUUAUUUUGGUUCUGAGAUUUAGCAUUUAUACAAGGUUUCUAAGGAUGGAGAAAGGUGGCAGGAUUAGGAUAAACUGUAUCUUUGAGAACUUGGUUACUUUCCUGCGCAGAUGUAUCUUUUAUGUUCUUUCUGUUGGUCCCAUUCCUUAUCAUAUUGCCUUUAUCAUGGAUGGAAAUUGUAGAUAUGCAAAAAAACAGAAUUUUAUGGAAGGGAAUGGACGUAGUGUUGGAUUUUUGGCUCUCUUGUCCAUGCUCAAGUACUGCUAUGAGUUGGGUGUGAAAUAUGUGACAAUAUAUGCUUUCAGCAUUGAUAACUUCAAACGACAACCUGAAGAAGUUCAAUCUUUGAUGGAUCUGAUGCAGUUAAAAAUUGAAGGACUAAUCAAAGAAGUAAGCGUAGUAAAUCGCUAUGGAGUUCGAGUGCACUUUAUAGGGAACCUAAAAUUAUUGAGUGAACCUGUCAGGUUGGCAGCAGAGAGGGCUAUGCUGGCCACUGCCAAUAACUCCAAGGCGGUAUUGUCAGUAUGUGUUGCAUACACUUCCACCAAUGAGAUUGUGCAUGCUGUCCAAAAAUCAUGCGAACAAAAGUGGGAGGAGAUCAGUAUAUUGGAUGCAAGUGGAUCUGGUUAUGGCUUAACUGAAGUUGUAUUGAGUGAGAAGGAUGAAAGGGAGAACCUUACUAAUUUAAUAGAUAUUGAAAAGCAUAUGUAUAUGGCAGUUGCACCUGAUCCUGAUAUCUUAAUCCGUACUUCUGGGGAGACCCGCUUGAGCAAUUUUCUUCUUUGGCAGACUGCAUACUGUUCCUUGUAUUCGCCUUACGUGCUUUGGCCAGAAAUUGGAUUUAGACAUUUCCUUUGGGCAAUCUUGAACUUCCAGCAGAAUCACUUUUAUUUGGAGAAAAGAAGGAAACAGUUGUAAAUAUUGUGGAUUCCCACAUUUUGGGACUCUAAUGUGAUUUUACUGGUGGAUCUCUUUGUCUUCUUUAACCAAACUUUGUUACAAAAUCAGAUUACAACAUUGGCUGGAACCUUUUUUUCAGUGUCUGUCUUGGUCAGCACUUGAGAAUAUAAAACAAUAUAUGGAUAUUUCGUUUUAA